GCCAAAUGCCAAUAUUCUGGAGGGUGCUUUCUCGCUUUCUUUCUCACUCACAUUCUCUACAGUGCAUGUCUCUGUCUCUGUCUCUGUCUCUGUCUCCUCUGUUUCUUCUCUUAAAACCCAAACAAACUAACCCAGUUUUUACUUCAAAAACUCAGACAAGUUUCUCUCCUCAAAGACUGUUACUACUCUAAUUAUAUUCUCAAUCUCCUUCUCUCUCACGUACACUCAAAUAUAUAUACGUACAGCACUGACUCUGUCUCCCUAUCUGUCUCUGUCCAUGAUGGAAAAUAAUGGUUUCUCUUCUCCGCGAAAUGAUUCGUUUCCUGCUGGUCUCCGUGUUCUCGUUGUCGAUGAUGAUCCCACCUGGUUAAAAAUCCUCGAAAAGAUGCUCAAGAAAUGCUCUUAUGAAGUGACCACAUGCGGUUUGGCAAGAGAUGCUUUGAACCUGCUUCGUGAGAGGAAAGGAGGAUAUGACAUUGUAAUUAGUGACGUCUACAUGCCUGACAUGGAUGGUUUCAAACUCUUAGAGCAAGUUGGACUGGAGAUGGAUCUUCCAGUCAUUAUGAUGUCUGUUGAUGGAGAGACAAGCAGGGUGAUGAAAGGCGUUCAACAUGGAGCAUGUGAUUAUCUUCUUAAGCCUAUACGAAUGAAAGAACUCCGGAAUAUAUGGCAGCAUGUAUUCAGAAAGAAAAUACAUGAGGUAAGAGACAUUGAAACUCUUGAACGGGUCGAAAGUUUUCAAAUGACUAGAAAUGGAUCAGAUCAAUAUGAGGAUGGGCAUGUGCUCUGUGGAGAAGAUCUUACUUCCAUAAAGAAAAGAAAACAUAUUGAAAGCAAGCAUGAUGAAAAAGACACUGGUGAUAGUAUUUCUACAAAGAAAGCUAGAGUAGUUUGGUCAGUAGAUCUUCACCAGAAAUUUGUCAAAGCCGUAAAUCAGAUAGGAUUUGAUACCACAUCUUUGCCAUCCUUCGACGGAGCAAUGACAGGUAGUGUCUGUUUGGCAGAAGUUGGUCCCAAGAAAAUACUUGACAUGAUGAACGUGCCAUGGCUAACAAGAGAAAACGUUGCUAGCCACUUGCAGAAAUACCGUCUCUAUUUGAGUAGGUUGCAGAAAGAAAACGAUUUUAAAAAUCCUGCUGGUGGGAUAAAGCAGUCAGAUUCACCUUUAAGAGAUUCUGCAGGAAGUUUUGGCUCUCAGAACUCCAUCAACUUGCAGCACAAUGAUGUUUCGAAUGGGAGCUACAGAUUUUCUGGUAGUAGCUUAGUUGUCCACAAUGGGGAUCCCAGAAGCCAUGACAGUGAUCGAAAGAGACUUGUUUCAACGCCUGUGGAAGAACCCAAAAGAACCUUAACUGUUAAUGUUCCCAAUCCUUGUAUACCCAGAAGUUCACAAAUGGAAUUUGGUCAUCCCCUUGCACCUCCACAAUCAGAAGUAGACUUUGGAGCAUUGGAUUCUACUUUCCCAACAAAGUAUCCUUGGUGUGGAAUUCCAGAGAUUCAACUAAAAAAAGAACAUAAUCCACUUCAUUUGAAUGAUGAAUUCAGCCACCUUCCACUGCCUGGUCAAAAGCAGCUUACCCAAGCUGAUUAUCCACAACCUGCUCCAGCCAUCAGUUCUGCACCAUCCUUAACACCUUCUCAUAACGAGUACAGGAGCAAUGUUAACCAUGCAAGUUCAACAGCUAUUGCGGUUGACUCUAGCCCUAUUCAAACAAAGACCAAUGUGGCAAAUCAUCAAGCUAUUGAGCUCAUUUCCAAGAGCACACCAAGUUUGGAAAAUCAAGGCUUCAAUAUGAAUUCCAUUACAGAAUUUGAAUCUUCCCGGAAAAACAUAAAUUUGGGAAUGCUACCUUUCACAACUUUGGAGGAAGACUUGCAAGUAUGUUGGGUUCCAGGUGAUUGCUAUAUGAAUCUCGGACUCCAGAACAUAGAGGUUCUGGAAUACUUCGACCCAGGUCUUAUCACAGACGUACCGGUAAACUUGAAUGAUGGGCUGAGGUUUGACUAUGAGUUCAAUGACCCAACAGAAUAUUCUCUAAUAGAUCAAAGCUUGUUUAUAGCAUGAUCUUCCUCUCCCUUCCAUUCAUAUUCAAUGAUGAAGGAUCACUUGCCUUAUCUUUUUCUGUACCAAUACAUUAUAGGAGCCUUCUAACUCUGGGUUGGGAUAUUUUAUUUUUGAUCGGUCUGGUCUUGGAUGUUGAAACAUGUAUAAUAGGAGUGAUGACAAACAUCCAGCAUAAUAAUGUCUGUCACUCACCUCUGGUACCUGCAUUACUGUGCUGUAUGCUGCAUCUGUCACAUUCCUUACAAUGUAUUAGCUGCCGGAAGUAGAAAUCUUAUCAUCGCACAUCUCAUUCUGCUGCUUUAA